AUGGACGCGUUUUAUGAAGAGAUUUCUUUGGCUGAAAAAAGUUAUCGCCAGCAUUUGGGAAAUGUUCAAGCUAUUAUUCACUUACUUGAUCCAAUACAGACGAUCAACAAUAGUCAAUCUGGUCAUCUCGAUGGAAAAAAUCACUCACUAUCGAAAUCGUACAAGUAAGUGAAAUUCAUAUUUGAAAAAAAGAUAGAAUGACUUAUAGUGCACAGCGUGAGCGAAUGACGUUAGCAUCUUAUACUAUCAAUUAUAAUCUUGGUUGGUGGCUAACUGGCUAUAGUCUCUUGUUUUUCCAAAAUAAUGCUCAAAGCACUAACAGUUUCACAUGGAAAAAACCCGCCAAGACAAUGUCUCGAAAAGUUAUACGUGCACGUGCUGGUUGUAAUAAUACUGUCGACUGACUGGCUAGGUUUCUGGUACUUUUGAGUUUUGGCGUUGAGUAUAUUAUUAUAUUAUUAUUAUAUGUUUGAAACUAUAAGAUAUUUGAGUCUUUUAAUAUGUUGUUCUAUCUGUCACUUUUGUCUGCCAAUGGUAUCGUAAGAAUGCGCUAGGAAAAGACCGAAAAGUGAUUAUACUGUUAUCAAUAAAGUAUGAAGUGGUCGGCAUGGUUAGAAAAGCACAACUGUUUCCUUCACACGAGCACAUCAAGAUUACAAGUUUUUUGUUUUGCCACCGGCACUCUCCAAUGUUUGGCCACUUUUAUGCUUUUCCGGUUUAUUUGUGCAAAUAACUACAUUUUUAAUCUUUUUCCCCACUUGGGCUUGGCCGUGUUGAGUUUAUCUAUUGGUCGAGUGUUGCAUGUCGAGAGUAAAAUGUCGAGUGUGAGGGUAAAAAGUCGAGGGUAAAAUGUCGAGGGUUCAUUAAUAAUUCACGAGGAAAAUACAAAAGAAAUGAAUGUUUAAUCAAUGUUUGUAAAUCGGAUAAAGAUUUGUCCUGAUUUACAUAAACUUCAGCUUUGAUUUUCUCUGCACAGACAUGUUUAUUUUUAAAAUUACUUCGCCAAUGAACUCAUCAGAAGGGUCAUCUUUUAAGUACGAUUCGCAUCCGAUCUGUAUCUGAUAUACAAACUCUCGCCUUCGGCUCGAGUUUGUAUAUCAGAUACAGAUCGGCUGCUCAUGUUUUAUCUAGUACUUAUAAUUAAUGCAGCCAAAUUACGGGUUCGACGGCUUUACGUCCUCAUGCACUUAGCAUGCAGCCGUGCAGGCAGCAAUAGUCGAUAUUUAACCCUCGACAUGUUACCCUCGACAUUUAGAAGUCGAUAUUUAACCCUUUACUUUUUACCCUCGACAUUUUACACUCGACCAAUAGAUAAACUCGGCCGUGUUUGUAGUCCCACAGCCGGAGUCAACCCAUUUCGCCUGAGGUCGAGGGCAAACAAUCCGGUUGCUGAGCAACUACGCCUGCAUAUCACCAUAUGUUUCUCGUCACGCAAUCUUCAGAAAUUCAAUUAAAAUUUAAAGUUUAGAGAUGGAAAAUGUAUUGAGUAAGAGCGUGGAUUGGGACAUAGGUGUACGGAUCCUGUUUCAAUUGGGGUGGGGUGGGGGCUGAGGUCUUUGGACCGAAAAUUUUCCGCGAAAAUCCAACCCAAAAUCGUUUCCUAAAAAUGUUGGUGAGCGGGGGACGGCAAGUCAUCGAAAAUUUUUUUUCCCGACAUACAAAUUAACAACAAUUAACCUUGUAAAUUUUUUUCGGACACAACAAUUUGCAACAAUUAAUUAAGCAUGUAAAAUUUUUCCGGACAUAACUUUUUCCUUCAUAUUAUAAAACUUUUUCGCAAAUAAUAUUUUUCAGUUCAUAAUAUAAAAUGUUUCCCAAUAGUUUUCCUCACUAUUGAAUUUUAUCAUUGUCUGUGGCCGGAAAACGGAAAACGAUUGCCCGAAAAAAUAGCGAUUUCCGAAUUUAUCACGCCGUGCGUCAAUUUUGGAGCCCAGCGCCUGUGCAUGGUAGAAAACUUGUUCGUACAAAAAUAUCUCGAAUGUAGAGUUCAGAACUUUGCUUGAUUGCAAACUUCCAGGAGAUGCCGGAACCAAUGGUGCAGCGAUGUUUUAAAGUCAUAUAAUGUCACAUGUAUUGCCUUUGUGUAAUUAGUAUUCAUACGUCACAGGUGCGUACUGUAUCACUGCGCACGGUGUUUUAAAUCUGCGAACAAAGCGUAAAACACCGUGCGCACUGCACGUACCAUAGCACCUAUGACGUAUGAAUACUCAUUACACAAAGGCAAUACUUAUGGCGUCAUAUGACUUUAAAACACUUAGUACACACCUGUGACGCAUGAAUACUAAUCGCACAUACCUAUGACGACAUAUAGCGGGAAAGUUUUGCUGAUGUAAUUUGGCGGUAAACUUACGCUGGAUGAGGGAUAAAAUACUAUUAAUGUAAAAACAAUUGUAAAAUUUCUCUUAAACUAUUCAAUAUUAAUUUUUACUUAUUAUUAGGUUGUGGCUAGCCAAACAUCACCCUGACAAAGCAAAAGCCAAAGGCGAAGCUGGUUUGGAAGAAACCGACUUUAUAAAAGAGUACGGAAAUAUUUUGCUUAAAACGAACAAUGUAAGAAUUAGUAUCCUAUUAUUAAUACCAACGAAAAAAUACAAUAUGUUAAGAUAAGAUAAUUUAAAUUAACACACCAUAUAUUGAUUUUUUAUAUUAUUUGUCUUAUAUGGACUAUUUUUCUUUUUUGGGUGUGCAGAAUGCUGCUGUAUGUGAUUUGUUUGCUAAACUUCACGAAUUAGGUAGUCAUUCCAUUAUUGCCCAAGUAGAAGCUCAAGAACUUGACUAGGUACAAGAAUAGCAUAAAGAACGCAUUAAGAGCUGUUAGACAAUACAACGAUGAAUGUGACGUUGGAUGUUUGAAAGAAGGGGAAAUCAUUGAUCAGCAAACGUACAGCAGAGAUUUUCCAUCUACUGGAUCUGUUUUCGAUUUUGGUGUUAGAAAAAAUUUAGCAAAUCCUAAAAUUGAUCAGUUAUCAUCAAUUUUGAAAAAACGAGAAGAGAAGAAUAUUCCCCUGGUUGUAACAAGAGUUAAAUGGAACGAUGAAAAAAGCAAUUGUAGUUUAGUCGGUGAUUAUAGAGUGUUGUGUUAUAUACCAGAGCAAGAUUGCAUCGAGAUCCAGCUUAUGUCUCCUGUAGAUGACCUGGGGUCCAAAUGCAAGAUCUCUUCUGUUGUUAUUGAUGCAUUUGAAAAAUUAUUGGAAUUACUGAGAUCGUGUGUGGUGUUCCUUAAAAAGAAGAGGGAUUUAGAAGAGCAAAAUUGCCAUAGGUAUAAGUCACUGGGUUUUUUCCAAUAUUAA